CCGGUAAAAAGAGAAGAGAUCUGCAACCGCCGCCCACCGCACCGGGACCCGGAGCUGAAGAGACCCCAAGACUCAAAGAAAUGAACACUCGCCGUCGACGCGAUCGCUCCACAUCGUUCGCUCGCUUGUUGAUGAUCGCUCUCCCGCGGCCGCCGGGCCGCGACCGGACGAACAUGAACCACCGCAAAAAGGAACCAACCAACAACCAGCUAGUUCAGCGGAGAAAAGUGCGAACGGAGCCGAAGAAAUGGUAAUGAUUUUUCUUCGGACCACAACGACGACGACGGUGUGGUUGUUUCUUCUCGGGUCGUCGUGAUUCGAAGGGGGGUAUUGCCGGUAUCUUUGCGUCAAGGCUUCUGCAUUCGCCGUUUGACCAGCGGCCUUGACGGACUUUUCUUCGUCCUUCUCCUUCUGUUCGGUGUUGGCGCUUUCCGGGCGGCUUAGUGCCAGGUGUUUACCGUUGGUGAGGUGUUGAAAAUUUUUGUGAAGUCACAUCUUAUGGGUGAAGAGCGACGAAAAAAAAAAAGGCUGAUGAAGUGAUUAGGUGAAGAGAGAGACCAUCAUCAUCUGAAUGUGUGAUCAUGUAACGUGCUGUUGAACUGUUUAGUGACUCGUGAAAUGGAAACAGCAAUUUUCGGGUAGAUAGUCACGGUAUCAAAAGGUGUUAGUUAACGAUCAUCGGAGUUCAUUGAGCCGAGUGGUUUCCCGCGUGCAAGAAAGAAAUUGACAAACGAAAGCGACAAGAAAUCUCCCAAACAAAAGUGAAAAGUAAUGCAUAAGUAAAAUAUAGAACAAGUCGUGUGAAAACCAUCGUCUCGGCCCGCCUGAAGGGGUGCUGUUUUUGUAUUACCGUCGUCGUCUGUCUGCAGGUCUGUGGUGUCCCGCACAAGUCGCAGUCAUUGCGCGAGUUUGUCUAAGUCUUUUGUUCCGCGGUCGGCCGGGCCGAGUGCGAUCCGUCGUCGUUCUGCUUUUUUCCCACUGGCGAAGUGAAACCAUCAGCAAAGCGAAAAGAAAGCAAAUAAGGUGUGAUUUGGCUAAUACAAGAAGUACGAUAAAAUAAAUGUAUCUAUCGUGCCAAGAAUAAUGAACGAGCCCGGCGAAGCACAUUGAGAGGCUCCAUGGAGAAGAAAGGAAAAAGUGUUUAUUUUCACGAGCUGUGAACCAUUCGGAGCACCUGUGCGCAAGAUCUCGUUAGGUGGCGUUUGACGCGGUCAUCGAAGAGCGCUAAUUCAAUUACCGCAAAUGGUUCCCGUGUCCGGUUUGGUUACUCCGCUAGUGCAAUGGGGUCUUAAAAGCAUGGAAUGAAGACAUCGUAAAUAAAAGAAAAACAAGUGUUCAGCGAGCUUCAUCGUGGCUUUGACGAUUUAACGACUGACCGCACGGAAAGGUGUCUGCUUUUAAUUGACUAGUCAUCUGUGAACUAUCUGUGGUCUGCGGUCCGAAUUAAAUGGACUGUAAUCUGUAAGCAAAUUGCCUGGAACACACAGAAGUGCCGCGCGGGGAGGUGGUCAUCUUAUGGUUGGUCGAUCAGACUAGAUGGAGUGAAUUACCUCAGGUGUGAAAUUGUGUUCGGAUCCCGGGGAUAGGCGGAAAUGUGAAUAUUUGAACUUCCAUUAUAAUGUGAGCAUUCCACUGGCUUAUGAGUCGUCAAACGCCAGCCGCAGAAUGCCGACUUCACUGCAGCGCCACCAGAAGCCUUAAACUAGCAUAAAAAUCAAGCAAAUGAAAGACGAGAAGUACGAAUGCCAGACAACAGCAAACGAAUCGUAUAACGAGGGUCUGCGCCAUGCCAGCAGGGCCCAAAAAUCCUCACUUACGGCUAUACCGGCUUCGUCUUCAGUCUCUUCCCAGCCACAGGAGCGAACCGCAAAUCGCAUUCGCAUGAGGAGCAACAAUCAAAAUGCUGAAAUCUUUGGCUCUGCCUCGCUACUUCAAGAAAAAUAACUACAACAUAUUACCAGCCCCAUUAGCACCUGAAUCGGAUCGCUCCCCAACUUCACCUAGUUUACGGAGGUCUUCAUCCCCGUCCAGCAGGGCUUCGACACGAUGGCUCCGAGCGCGGUUUCAAUAUUCACCGCUGACCCGCUGGCACCGGAGACGAAAAGGGUUUUCGCUGCUACCACCAGACGUCUCGUUACUGACCUGCGCCAUCGUUCUCGGUUGUCUGCUGAGUGGUCCUUCGUUUUGUCAGGGAACUGCCGUCCCCGCGCCGGUGGCAAAGCCCAAAGGAACUAUCGCCACGUACGCAACACGAACGAGCCUCACGCGAAUCGGGGCCGCCGAUACGUCCAAGAUCGUCAACCUCACGCGGCAACACGGUGGGGAUCUGUUUUACACAUUUGAAAAUGACAAAUGUGAUACAGAUUUUUGUGUUGGUUUAUCAAGCGGAACGGCAAGUCUAUCGAAAGGCGCUCCCAGCAGUCUGCAAAACAGCGUUAAAGAGAUAGACAUGCUAGCCGACUUGGAAACCGAAUGUAAAUGCCAGUGCCUUCCACAUCUCACUACUUAUCGGGAAGACCUGGGCAUCUGCGUAGAUGACGUGAGAGAAUGCACCCUUGCGCCAUUUGUCAGUGGUUCAACGUCGGAGAAAAUUCCCUUCGUGUUUCUGCCGCACCGUGGUCAAAUUGUCUACCCCAGCAAGGAGAUCGGCUUUCCAGGUGUGAAAAUGCCCAUGUGCGCUGUCUCCGGAUCGCAGUAUCUGACGCACGCCGGCUGGGCCGAGCUGAGGAAUCCGAUCGACACCGAUGUACCGUUUCGGUUGUUCCGCGACGAAGGCCGAAUCUACCUGCAGUGGCUGGGGGAACCUGAUCUGCGGCAGCGCAUGCAAGGUCGUCUCAUUUUGGUACACCUCAUGUGCCGGGAUAUGACGCCACGGUUGGUGCUGAAGGAUGGCCACCGGCGACAAGUUGAUGAUCUCAUUCCGAAUCAGAAUAUCUUUACACCGUGCGUAGCCUUCAGAGUAGUAGGAACUCCAAUAAAGCAUAUAAACAACGUCACCGAGGUCAGCUUUUCUUCGGAGACACACAUCGACAGCCAAUCGGGGCUAAGUACGAAGGAAUACAUCGUAAUUGCCAUCUGCAGCCUUUGCCUGGGGUUGAUUUACAUUGCAUCGGUUUUCCUGUACAUUCACAUGAAGAAGCGGAAGCGAAAUGCCGGCGACGACGACGAUGCCAACACGAUCAAGAAUGAAUAUUCAUCGUACCAGCAGAAUGAUCAGGUUACUUUCGGAGUCGGAUUGAGUUCACAGGUGAAUCCGUUUGUCAAUCAGCCUCAUGGCAGCUUUAUAGCACGUGGCGGAAGUCAACGACAAAAUGGAGCUGCCGGAGGGCAUCGGGGUAUUUCGACGGGGCUAAAUGUGGGUUUGCAUACUGAGGAGAUGGGCAUCGUAAAGAACAAUCCUCUGCUGAAGCACUUCCCUAAUCUGAGCGACAAUUCCGGGUUCAUCAGUGAUAACUCCAACUCCGUGUCAGAGUUUGAGGAUGAGCGGACAAUCGAGACCGAAAAAAUGCAGACAAAGGCAAACAUACACCAGUCAAAAAACUACUUAGGGCAUACCGACAUGGAUGGCGGACAUCUCCAUCCGCAACAGUCGCUGCACAGCCAUCAGCAGCAAAUGUCUCAGCAGAGUCUCGAUGGCUUGAGCAAUCCGAAUGGCCCGGAUACCGAGUGUUUGCCAGAGGAAAAUGUGUCCAUUGUAGAAGAUAUCAGCAACGACGAAAAGCUCGAAAGUAUGAAGUCUAUCGUCAACGGAACUAUGCGCCGGAAGUUGUACUUUAAUCCUGCCUACUUCGAGCCACAGCUUUUGGUGUCACCACCACCAGCGGCGAUCGAGUUCUUGAAUAAAAUACGUGAAGUGAUCACCAUCGCCAAGUACAAAAUGUCGGCCAAACGGUUUCAGCCGUCCCUGAACAUAAUUCCCGAGGAAUUGCAACAGACUCAGGGAUCCGAGACCUAUGCUGCCGCCCAAACGGCUCCUCCAAGCCGCCGCAGUAGUCUCAUCAGUUCACGGCGGGACAGUUCCAAGAAGAGCAUAUGCUCGGGUUGUCCGGGAUGUGAGAAGAAGGGUAACUCGGACGUUGUGGUUCCUUCUAGCAAUUGUAAGAACUGCGGCGACAAACAGAACAGUAUCCGAAAGUGGCUGGAGAACGUUUCAACCAAUCACGAAGGCGAGAUCAACGAUGUUGAUGUGUACGAUGGUGGUAAGCCUAUGAGUAGUGCGUCGGAUAACCCUGAAUCCCUGAGGUCGUUGGACGAUCGAUCAACUUGCGAGUCACUUCCGAUAAACCCUGAAAUAAAGAAGCAACCCAAGUCGCUGCGAUCUCGUCAAGGUAGCAUUCAAAGCGAUAGUUCAUCUGCUUCCGACAACGAAACGAUCGUAGCCAAUAGCGUGAAGGAACGAUCUUCGGUGACACGGGCUCCAUCGAGGAGUAAGUCUAUUCGAUCGGACACUAGUUCAGCUCCCAAAAUUGUUUCGCAUAGUUUGAAGUCCGAUGUGGUCAAGAUGGCUAAAUUUGGACCCGAAAACGGAUCGAUCAUGAAGAAUAACAAUUUCGUGUAUGAUCACAAUCCCAUUGAAGGUCACUCUAAAAAUCAAGAUAUUUACAUGAGAAAUAUCAACAAUUCUUUGGUAAAUUUGGAUUCAAACAAGAUCUACGACAAGCGGGAUCUGUACAGCAUUGCGGGCAAUGAGUUGUUCAACAAUCCUCAGUUUGAAACCUCGCCCAAGAUGCAACAUCGCGUGAUGAAUGCUAAUCAGCAUCACCACCACCACCAUCAACAAGGCAGAAGGCGUUCAAACUCUAGCAGCCGUGGAGUUCCAAUGUCGAAACGGCAGAUAGAAGUGCAGGAUCAAUUUGCGAAAGCGAACAAUGGUGCUAAAAUGAGAAAUAUCAAUCAUAUGCCCGACAUGGUUUACGAAGCGUUGGCCAUGGAUCAGCGAAAGAAUUCCUGGAGAGGAAGAAGUGAACCUGUCCCGAUAAAUGAAUACAUGCAUGAUUCUGACAGUCGGUUUAGUAGCAUCGAUCGUACAGAAAAGUACCGAAACGAAAAGUUCUUUCAUGACUUCAUCAACUCGGACGACAACAACACGCUCGGGAACCGCUCUGGAAAGAACUCCUUCAACAAAUACCAACCGGACUCACCGAUCUACUCCCGGAAGUCGCCACAUUACUUAAUCGUCGAUUAUGAAACCGAUAGCUUGGAAAGGGUGACUUCCAAGACCCAAAUAAGCUUCAACACCUCGACGACCAACAGUAGCGAUCUCAGCUCUCAACCGUCCCCAUCUCAUAGCACAGCACUUCCGUUAGAAGAGGAAGUCGAAAUCCGCAAUGCCAUUUACGAUCGUGUCGAGGGGUUUAGGAAGGAUACUGACACUAUCACAAAAGAGCGCGAAAGUGUCAGUAUAGACCUGGAUGACUACGAGGACGUUCCGAUGAAUUCCCUCGCUGAAACGGUCAUACAAGUGCCGACAAAAAAGGGACCGAAGAUUAAGUGUGACACGCCCUUUCAGGGCAGCAUAACAAUCGAGGUUGAGCAUAGUCCGGAUGAUUGUGAACUAUCCACCGAUAGCGAUCAAUUCGAACCGGAUACACUGGAUCGCAAGCCUAAGAAGCACAGCAACAUUAUUGGGCGACAUCGGAGUAACGUAUGGGCACAGGACCGACUAAGUACAAAGGAAACCAAUCUGACGUCUCUUCCGGCCGACCUCAACAACCACUUCGUUUUAAAAAACUCGCAAUCUUUCCGGGAGACCACCUUCGGCAGUCUCCGGGAAAUCUACGAGUCGAAGAAUCUAAAAAACGUUAAUCACAACCAGAUGCGCAGUCUGGAGGAAUUUGAUGUCGCUUCCGGGCGAUUACUCACGCUUGAACUGAGGCAUUCCAAAAGGCAGCGAACGAACGACAAUACCGUGGUCGUUCCCAAACUAAUGCCACCGGACCUGAUACCGUCGGAAGCGCCGAUCCCCCGCAGUCACUACGAUCAGCCCCGGCAACAGCUGAAAAAGGUGGAAGACUACGGAAUCUCACCCAAGAAUCUAGCCUGCUGGAACAACGACAAGUUCACGAAGCAGCCCAAUGGGCCGGCUCCGAAACCGUCUUUGACGAAUUUGGAAAACUAUGAAUCAACGCACAGUCUGACGGCGGAUAGUGAUUCGACGCAAUUUACCGGGGUUUCCGAGAAUGAUCAAAGCGGGACCAAGAGACCGAAGAAGAUCGCCAACUACAGCCAGGUGAAUAAGCCGAGUCGAUCACAUUCACUGGAGAAGGAAGGGUUCAGGUUGGAUCGUGAUCCGGAUGCAGGGGUUGGUAAAAAUUACAUGACCUUGGGGGAAUUGAACGAGAAGAACUUCAUCAUAGAGCAGAGUAAGUCGCUGCAAGUCAUGAAUCGUGCCAAAUUUAUCGAAGACAUCGAUAAGAUUGAGGUGUUGUCGACUAAAACCCUAUCGAACUAUGAUUUUCCGAUUAGAAAGAGUCCGAGUAUAAACCCGAAGGAGUCUGAUGACGAGAAAAAUACUUAUGAGAUCACGCCCAUAACCACAACAAAAGUGUUUCGCGUAGAGAUCAACCAGGCCACAAAUGGGAUGCAGAUAGCAAUGGGACUGCGCGAUCGCGUGAAGAAGUCAAAGGACAUAAAGAACGCUUGGAAGAAAUUCAUCGGUAUAGCUACAUCCAAGUUCAACGGGAAAUCCGGCGAUGGCAAGAGCGAUUCGGAUCUAGAGAAAAACUCGGAUUCUUCGGACAUUUUAGAUAAGGACGAAGGCAUUUCGUCACUGAUUGAUGACGGUAGUGCGGCUUAUGACAGUGCUGAGAAAGGUCAUCACCAUCAUCGGCACCAUCAUCACUACAAGGCAACAAGCUCCAGUGGUCCUUCAUCACUUAACAGUAGGCAAAUUACGGUCAUUAGGAGCCAUUCCCGAUCUAGUGUCAAGGACGAUAGUGGUUACAUUAGUGCCGAUUCGAACGAGUCCCGCCUGAACCGGAAGCUGUACGAACGCUUUAAUUUCACUGCGAAAUCGAUUGAGUCGACGGAUUCCAUCCAGGAGGAGAACAAGUACGAAAUCUGCGCCAUUCCGGAGCAUUCCGUGAGCACUGUCAAGAGUAAUACGUCGUCUUCCUCGGACGGCAGCGGCCGAUCUGACAAGCAGCUCACAAGACCCAAAGGCCCGCCUCCCCCGCUACCUCCUCCAAAUCCUCCUCCACCCCCUCCGACUACGACGAUCCCUUCGAAAAAACAGCCCUCUCCGCCUCGCACGAUAGAGAAACCCCAAACCAGACCUCCACCUCCCCCCACGAAUCCUCCACCCAAGAUUCCCCAGCCAGAGGUGAACUUCCUGUUCAACACGGCGGACGCGAUCAGCGUGCGCGUGUACUCGUCGGAUGACGAGAACUUUGCCAGCAGUGACAACGCGUCGUGCAUUUCCGACAACAAUGGCGGCGAUGACGAUGACGACGGAACCAGCUGCGGUACGGACGAUAUCUGCGAGUCCGGUGCGGAGAGCGUCGAGACGCACUCGGUGUUUUUCAAAAACAUCAGACCCCGCAGGAAUGAGGCAUCGUGCAAUGUGGCCGGGUUGGCCCACUAGUUUUGGAAGUGAUAAGGUGUAUUGACUUUUUUUUAGAUCAUUAUUAGUGAGUGGCUGAAGUGCAAUUUUUACAAAUGAAGAUAAUAGUUGUGCAAUAGCAACGAUAUAGGUAAGAAGUAGCUAGGAAUCGAAGACUUCGAACGAUUAUUAAGCGCUGUACAUUACGAAGCAAAUGAAGAUAUAUUGAGUUGUGGUACCUUUGAAUACUUUAGGUGCAGUUAGAAAGAAGAUUCUGCUCAGUCGGAUCUAAUCUGGUAGUGCAUAGAUGCUAAGGAAUAGUUUAGGAUGAUAAGUUUUACUAGACUGUUUCACAAGUUGUGCAAUGUUUAUGAAUCUCUCAAUGUACGCAAUUGUGCAAUGUUUCUUGAUAUGUUUAAUUUUUAUGUAAGGAGUGAAAGAUACGUGACUGAUUGUGAUUGUGAAUGGUAGUCCUGACGAUAUGGCGUAAAGGUUGGACUGUUUUGAAACCUGAUAUGUUUAGACUGAAUAAUAAACUCAAAUUUUUUUUCAACAAGCGUCACCAGACAAAAUAAGCAUGUAAAGAUUUAACAUAAGGAUAGUUGUAUAACUGUUACUGCAAUUUUUUUGUAACGGCUUCCAACGCUUUUCUAGAAUACGGAACACGGUAAUUUGAAGUCUAAUAAUUUUGAGACAAAUUUAUUAGUCCGCUCUGAAAAUUGGAAAUUGUUGAACAGACAUAGGAAACACUCGCUCAACUAAGCAUUUUCCUCAUUUACUUCUACGCACAUUAUGAAACAAAUUUACUUAUCUGUUCGAGCGAAGAAAAACGAACGGUAGUUAAAUGAAUCGCUACCGAAUCUGGAAGCCAACGAUACAUGAAAUCGUAAUGAACGAACAUUUACUUUCCUAGUCGGAAGCGAUGGCAUGUUGUUUUGGAAAUUUCAUUUGACGGUAAUUUGGAGAAUUCAGUACUGCGAAUUAAAUUGAUGAAUGCGAUUACAUUCAAUCGUGUGGUUGCCAGAAUUUUCCAUGCGUCGCUACAAGCUAAUACAUUUUAACACUUUCUUUACUUCUGUUCACCUUCACUUCAGUGACUCGUGGCUUCAUGUUC